AUGCCCGGGGGAAAGAGAGGGCUUGUGGCACCGCAAAACACUUUUCUGGAGAACAUAGUCCGGCGUUCAAGUGAGACCAGCUUUCUCCUGGGAAACGCCCAGAUCGUGGAGUGGCCCAUAGUUUACAGUAAUGACGGAUUCUGCAAGCUGUCUGGCUUCCACAGAGCCGAGGUCAUGCAGAAGAGCAGCACAUGCAGUUUUAUGUACGGAGAGCUGACAGACAAGAAGACCAUCGAUAAAGUCAGACAGACGUUCGACAAUUAUGAAUCUAACUGCUUUGAAAUCCUGCUGUACAGAAAGAACAGAAGUCCUGUUUGGUUCUACAUGCAAGUGGCUCCCAUCAGGAAUGAGAAUGACAAGGUGGUGCUGUUCCUCUGCACUUUUAAGGACAUUACCCUCUUCAAGCAGCCCAUCGAAGAUGAAACUACUAAAGGAUGGACCAAAUUUGCACGGCUCACACGUGCACUCACCAACAACCGCAACACCCUACAGCAACUGGCGCCUAUUGGCAAACCUGAAGUCAGCCAUAAACAGUCCAGACUGGCUGAGGUUUUGCAGCUAAACUCUGACAUCCUCCCGCAGUACAAGCAGGAAGCCCCCAAGACACCACCUCACAUAAUACUUCACUACUGCACCUUCAAGACCACUUGGGACUGGGUCAUCCUCAUCCUCACCUUCUACACGGCCAUCAUGGUGCCCUACAAUGUCUCUUUUAAGACCAAGCAGAACAACAUUGUUUGGCUGGUGCUAGACAGCGUAGUCGACGUCAUCUUCCUGGUGGAUAUCGUUCUCAACUUCCACACCACCUUCGUGGGGCCCGGUGGAGAGGUGAUCUCUGACCCCAAACUCAUUCGGAUGAACUAUCUGAAGACUUGGUUCGUCAUCGACCUGCUGUCGUGCCUGCCCUAUGACAUCAUCAAUGCCUUUGAGAAUGUGGAUGAGGGCAUCAGUAGCCUGUUCAGCUCUCUGAAGGUGGUCCGCCUGCUGCGUCUGGGCCGGGUGGCCAGAAAACUGGACCACUACCUGGAGUAUGGUGCUGCUGUUCUGGUCCUCCUGGUCUGCGUGUUUGGACUGGUGGCCCACUGGCUUGCCUGCAUCUGGUACAGCAUCGGAGACUACGAAGUUAUCGAUGAAGCCACCAACACCAUCAAGAUGGACAGUUGGCUUUAUCAGCUGGCUAUCAGCAUUGGAUCGCCUUACCAAUACAACGCCAGCGGUUCUGGAGAAUGGGAGGGCGGCCCUGGCAAAGAUUCUCUGUACAUCACGUCCCUGUAUUUCACCAUGACCAGUUUGACGACCAUUGGAUUUGGAAACAUUGCCCCCACCACAGACGGAGAGAAGAUCUUUUCUGUGGCCAUGAUGAUGGUGGGAUCUCUGCUCUAUGCCACCAUCUUUGGAAAUGUGACCACGAUUUUCCAGCAGAUGUAUGCCAACACCAAUCGCUACCAUGAGAUGCUCAACAAUGUCAGGGAUUUCCUGAAACUCUACCAAGUUCCCAAGGGUCUAAGUGAGAGGGUGAUGGACUACAUCGUCUCCACCUGGUCCAUGACCAAAGGCAUCGACACGGAAAAGGUCUUAUCCAUCUGUCCCAAGGACAUGCGGGCCGACAUCUGUGUCCAUCUCAACAGGAAGGUGUUCAACGAACAUCCAGCAUUCAGGUUAGCUAGUGAUGGCUGCCUGCGCUCACUGGCAGUCGAGUUUCAGACCACCCACUGCGCUCCAGGAGACCUGAUCUUUCACGCCGGGGAGAGCGUUGACACCCUCUGUUUCGUGGUGUCGGGGUCACUGGAGGUCAUCCAGGACGACGAAGUCAUUGCCAUCUUAGGAAAAGGUGACGUGUUCGGAGAUGUCUUUUGGAAAGAAACGACUCUUGCACAUGCGUGUGCAAAUGUUAGAGCGCUUACCUACUGUGACCUCCACGUCAUCAAGAGGGAAGCUUUGCUCAAAGUUUUGGAGUUUUACAGUUCCUUCGCCAACUCUUUCUCCCGCAACCUCAUCCUCACCUGUAACUUGCGCAAGCGGAUAAUUUUCCGCAAGAUCAGUGAGGUGAAGAAGGAGGAGGAGGAGAGACAGCGAGCGAAGAACGAGGUACAGCUCACCAUCCCACAGGACCAUCCUGUCCGGAAGCUUUUCCAGAAGUUCAAGCAGCAGAAGGAGCUCCGCAACCAAGGAGCCGCAGCUGCCUCGCAACUAGACCUGGAGAAGAACCAGCUGCAGGUGGAGCACCACCAGCACCUGCAUCCUCACACCCUGCAGCUCGGCCACUCCAGUCUGCAGCACUCCCUGCCGCUCACCCUGCAGCGGCCCCUCACCUCCAUGCAGAACGGGGCUCCACCCAGCAGCAGCGUUCUGACUGUGUCUCAGGUCACACCCAUGCAGAGCUCUCUGGCUUACGGCCAUCCCAGCGAGGCACCUGCAAAGCAGAACAACUGUGACAUCAUGGAGCUGCAGCCCAGUUCUGCUGGAGGGGGCAGCGAGCAAACUGUCAGGCUCAAAGUCAGCACCAGCCCUGCGCUUGGAAAGCCGGCCGCCAAGGCGAGUGGCUGGAUGCGCCUCAAAAACAACAUGGCUCCGGCGGAGACGAGGAAGGAGGGUCUUAACAACAAUGUCAAAGCUGUUUCCGUGGAGAUGCUCUCUCAGGACGGUAAAGGUCGGGAAACAGGGGGGAGCAGGGAUGGAGAGGAAGGUGGGGUCUCCAGCAACAACCCACUUCGCAAGACGGACUCCUGUGACAGUGGAAUCACUAAGAGCGAGCUGCGCAUCGACCGGGCAGGGGAGCCGCGGACCCCAGCGGCAGUUACCCCACUUCUCCACAGCCCUCUUCCCGGAGGAGUGGGGUCCCCUCACUCUUUCUGCCCCAUACCGGAACAGGCCCUGCAGGCUGCAUUGCACGAGACCCGGAUGGAGCUCCGGGGGGACAUCCAGACUCUGGGAGGCCGUCUGGGCGCCCUGGAGAGUCAGGUAGCUGAAAUUAUCAAACUUCUGUCGGAUAAGAGACAGCCGUCCACGGGGGCGCCACCUGCCUCUGCCACGCCCAAAACCAAAAUACAACGGCAAGACAUUUUCACCGUCUCCAGGCCCGUUUCUCCAGACUCAGAGAAAGACGACGGGCUCUGAAGAGAGCUGAACCAGCGGUGCAGAGUGCGCACUGGACUAACAGAGAUUAUAUUAACAUUAGCUCUAUCAAUUCAAGGUUACUCUCAUUUUUGGGCAUCCUCUUGGACUCUCGUACACCGCUGGUCUCAAUUCCAAAUUGAAAAAAAAAAAAACUGGCUUCUU